UGUGAAAGAGCCGGCAGCAGGCCCCUCCCAGCGAGGCCCUUCUCGGGGGCCUCGGCGCUCCGAGUGCCGCCAGGCGGCGCUGCCGCCCAGGAAAGGACGCUGCUGGGCCCGCCCCGCCAGGCUCCGCGUGGGGAGGUGGUGCCGCUCGGCAAUGGCGGAGCGGGAGGGCCUUCACAGCGCUCGUCUGCCGGCGGGCGGGCGGAAGAUAUCCCUGCAGAGGUGUGAAACAUGUAGUCAAGAGGAAGCUAAGUACAGGUGUCCACGAUGCAUGAAAUAUUCGUGCAGUCUGUUGUGUGUGAAGAAGCAUAAGCUUGCAUUAAGCUGUAAUGGAGUCAGGGAUAAAACAGCAUUUGUCUCCGUAAAUGAAUUUACCGACUUGAAUCUUUUGAGUGAUUAUAGAUUCCUGGAAGAUGUAGGAAGGGCGGCUGAUGCUGCUGCUCGACAUCUUACUGUGCAUAAUCCAACAGCAAAAAAACUUUUGUAUGGCUUGAGAAACAAAGCUCGAAAGUGUGACAUUGACCUGAGAACACUGCCUGUUGGAUUUACAAAGAGAAGAGAAAAUUCAACCACCUUCAAUUACAUAGAGAAAAAGUUCUACUGGCACUUGAAGCUCAUAUUUCCUCACUCUCAUGCUGAAUACAUUUUAAAAGGGGUGCCUGAUGAUAAAACACUUGCUGAUAUCCUUAAGCCAUACAUCAAUCCAGUGGAGUCAGAUCCUGUAAUUUGUCAAAGAUUAAAAAUCUAUACAGUGUCUCCUCAGUCAGAUGUACAAAUUUUAAUGAAAAUAGAAAACAGGAAACAAAACUCUGUCAGGUACUAUGAACUGGAUGCCAGAAGAAGCCUUCUAGACAAUUUGAAAGGCAAAGUAAUAAUUGAGUAUCCAACAUUUUUUGUGGUCUUGAAAACAUUGAAGAAUGACAUGGUGAUUCUUGGCCAAGAUGCCAGUGAACCUGCAGAGAACUCGGACAGUGAAAGUUCAUCCCUUUCAUCUGUGGAAGAAGGGGAAAUUCGGGACAGUUCAUGACAGUUCUUUGGGAAAAGAGGGUGGAAUGAGCAUUUUGGUUGGGGGGGGGGGGGGGGGGGGGGGGCUGUUUUUGUUUUGAUGGUUUUAAAUUUAAUUAAUUUUAUAUAUAUAAAAAACUGCCUUUUCAGAACUUUGGUUUGGCUUUCUUCACUAAAGGCAACACUUCCAAACUGCCUGCCUAUUUUGGGAUUUAGUAAUGGAUAUUUAGGGAUGUAAAUAAAGAGAUGGGGAAUUUCUGGUUCCAGAAACAACAUUAUAUUCUGAUUUAAACGCACACUUUUGUCCAUGUAUCUUUAAUAAAUCAGCCACCCAAAUUUAAAAUUUCCAGGUUAUCCUCAACAACGUAUUUUUUCCUUUUGUCCUAACAGCUCAGUGACUGAUUUCCAAGUUUAAAUACCUGAUAACGUAUUUGUAUUUAUAUAUGGAUUCAAGUCUUAAUGCUUAAAUGAACAUUAGAUUAAUUUCCUUUUUGGGGUAUUUCUGUGUCAUGCUGAGCUGCUGCGAAUGAUUUUACUUUGCUUUUGAGUUUAAUCUGUGGUGAAAUUCUGGGUGCCUGGUACAGUCCAUUGGUUUUUAUUAUUAUUGCUUUUUCUUACUUGGUUGCAUCUUGUUUGAUGCGUUAAGGACAGCUCAAACUAUGUUUUCAGGGUGGCAUCUUGUUGUAUGUUUAAUCUUCUACCCUGAUCUUCUAAGUCAGCAUGGGGUUUAAAAUCAAUAGAAAUGGAUACUGAGAGUGUCAGUAAUGCUAACAUACUGGACUUCUGAACAGUGCUUAUGUUAUGCAUCUCCUAUUAGUAGUUUACCUACUGAAGCCAGGUAUUUCAAAUAGUUACUGGAAUAUCAACUGAAUUUACCUACUUAAAAGAAAAUAAACCUUAAGAAAAUAAAAAA